GCGGCUGGUUUCCACAUAUUCAGGUAAGAUUAUCGGAAAGUUCAAAGGUUGCUCUCAUUUACUUCGGACCUUUACUUGCAGGCAGUACGUGUGUCAAUCCUCGUGUGAGCAAGAGCCAUGCUGAUCCAAGUCGUUGCCUAUCGUUCGCAGGAUGACGUGCUUCGCGACGAUCACUGUGCGGUGAUACAGUCCAAGUUACCCUCUGUGGUAUGUCCAAUCAGUGGCAGAUUGCACACACGUCUCAUGUUGGGAAUCUGCCAGGCCUCUGGCUCAUCAACUUUGGAGAACAUGGUUCAGCUCAUUUCCGCUGCUGUCAUUAUCUUCGAGCACUCUUCCUAUAUUUUCGACAAGCGGCGCUAUCUUCAGGACAAGCGGGAGUCGGAUCCCUCUUUUUAUGUCGCUCUGGAGCAGUACAUGUCAUCUCCGCAUGCAGGUGCUGUCAUGAAAGGUGUGAGCGAUACCGUUCACGCUUAUGAAAAAGCGGUGGCUACUUCCGCGAAGGAGAAUGAAUCUUCAUGUUCUCCGGCGAAGGCGCAGUUAAUCAACGCUGUUAUUGAAAUCACUUUGAAUCAUCGCCUGCCAAGACCUUAAUGCAACGCAACGUAGAUGGUGUUCCGAAGUGGAGCAGAGGUUUCUUAGCAGUAAAUGUGGGUUCCUUGAGAGGUCUAUUGAGGUAGUUUCAGGAGAUGAAACUGUGCGAAAUGGUUCA